CCAGGGCCCGCUCCUUCCCCGCCCGCCACCCUGGCGCACCUCUUGCCGGCUCCGGCCAUGUACAGUAUGCUGGAGACUGAGAUCAAGACGCCGCAGGCCACACCGGGCAGCGCCGGGGGCAACCCCGCUCCGGGGAGCAACGGCAAAGGCGGCGGAGGCGGCGGGGCCAGCAACGGAGCGGGGGCCGGCUCGGACCAGGACCGGGUGAAGCGCCCCAUGAACGCCUUCAUGGUGUGGUCGCGGGGCCAGCGGAGGAAGAUGGCCCAGGAGAACCCCAAGAUGCACAACUCGGAGAUCAGCAAGCGCCUCGGGGCCGACUGGAAGCUGCUGAGCGACGCCGAGAAGCGCCCCUUCAUCGACGAGGCCAAGCGGCUGCGGGCCGUGCACAUGAAGGAGUAUCCGGAUUACAAAUACCGGCCCCGAAGGAAGACCAAGACCUUGCUGAAGAAGGACAAGUACUCGCUGCCCGGCAAUCUGCUGGCCCCGGGCGGGGGCAACGCGGUGAGCAGCCCCGUCGGGGUGGGGCAGAGGAUUGACACUUAUGCCCACAUGAACGGCUGGACCAACGGGGCUUACUCACUGAUGCAAGACCAGCUGGGCUACAGCCAGCACCCGGGCAUGAACAGCCCCCAGCUGCAGCAGAUGCACCGCUACGACAUGACGGGCCUGCAGUACAGCCCCAUGAUGUCCACGGCCCAGACCUACAUGAACGCCGCCUCCACCUACAGCAUGUCCCCCGCCGCCUACGGCCAGCAGCCCUCCACGGCCAUGAGCCUGGGCUCCAUGGGCUCGGUGGUGAAAUCCGAGCCCAGCUCGCCGCCUCCUGCCAUCACUUCCCACUCGCAGAGGGCCUGCCUGGGAGACCUGCGGGAUAUGAUCAGCAUGUACCUGCCCCCGGGGGGGGAUGCCACAGACCCUUCCGCCCUGCAGGGCAGCAGGUUACACAGCGUCCACCAGCACUACCAGAGUGCCGGGACUGGCGUGAAUGGUACCGUACCACUAACUCACAUAUAA